AUGUCUAUUCCAAUCUACUCUUCUGCUACUAAAGAUUUGCCAAAGCCAUUGGCUACUAAAUGUCCGGUUAUCACUGAAGAAUUCGUCAAAGCUUACGGUUCUAAACCAGAUUUCAUCGCCAGAUCUCCAGGUAGAGUCAACUUAAUUGGUGAACAUAUCGAUUAUGCUGAUUUCUCUGUCUUACCAUUAGCCAUUGACGUUGAUAUGUUGCUUGCAGUCAAAAUCCUAAACGACAAAAACCCAUCAAUCACUUUAACCAACUCUGAUGCUAGAUUCGCUACAAAGAAAUUCGAUUUACCAUUAGAUGGUUCAUACGUCUCCAUUGACCCAUCCAUCUCUGACUGGUCUAACUAUUUCAAAUGUGGUCUACACGUCGCUCAAGAAUUCUUAAAGAAAAUUGCUCCAAAAUACGAAAACGCUCCAUUAACUGGGUUACAAAUCUUCUGUCAAGGUAACGUCCCAACUGGUAGUGGGUUAUCCUCCUCUGCUGCUUUCAUUUGUGCUACCGCUUUAGCCAUCAUUAGAGCUAACAUGGGAGAAGAAUACAAAUUAUCCAAGCAUGAUUUGACUAAGAUCACUGUUGUCGCUGAACAUUAUGUCGGUGUCAACAAUGGUGGUAUGGAUCAAGCUGCUUCUGUUUGUGGUGAAGAAGAUCACGCUCUUUACGUCGAAUUCAAACCUGAAUUGAAAGCUACUCCAUUCAAGUUCCCACAAUUGAAGAAAGGUGAUGUUCAAUUUGUCAUUGCUAAUACUUUGGUCGUUUCUAACAAAGUUGAAACUGGUCCAACUAACUAUAACUUGAGAGUUGUCGAAGUUACUGCCGCUGCUAAUGUCUUAGCUAAGAAAUAUGGUGUUGUUUUAAAACAUGAUGGUCCAUCUAGUUUGAACAAGGGUAACUUGAGAGAUCUCAUGAAUGCUUACUACGCUAGAUAUCACAAUGCUGAAGCUUGGGAUGGUGAAGUUGCCACUGGUGUCGAACGUUUGAACAAGAUGUUAGAAUUAGUUGAAGAAACUUUCGCUACCAAAGAAGGAUGGUUAUUCUGUUGA